AUGGUAGCUACAUCCUUUGCAGUAGCAGACUAUGUGGUGUUUGCUCUCAUGCUGGUGGUGUCCGCUGCUGUCGGGAUGUACUAUGCCUGGGUGGACAGGAGCCAGAGAAGCCCCGGAGACUUCUUGACUGGGGGCCGCACACUGACGGCCCUGCCUGUCUCCCUGUCCCUGACUGCCAGCUUCAUGUCAGCCAUCACAGUGCUGUCCUUUCCAGCUGAGGUAUACCAAUAUGGAGCCAUUGUUGGAUUUUACAGCCUCUCCUAUUUAAUAGCAAUGCUGGUCACAUCUGAGGUCUUUCUCCCCAUCUUCUACAAGCUGGAACUCACCAGUACUUUCGAGUAUCUGGAGCUGCGAUUUAACAGAGCAGCCCGUCUGCUGGGCACACUGCUCUUCAUUGUUCAAACUAUCCUCUACAGUGGAAUUGUCAUUUAUGUUCCAGCUCUUGCUUUAAGCCAAGUGACUGGGAUGAAUCUGUGGGGCGCAGUAAUUUCAACAGGAGUGGUGUGUACGUUUUACUGCACAGUGGGUGGUCUAAAGGCAGUGGUGUGGACAGAUGUGUUUCAGCUUGGUGUAAUGCUCGCAGGCUUCCUGUCUGUCGUCAUCAGGUCUGUGAUCUUACAAGGUGGAGUCAUCACUAUUGUUUCAGAUUCACAGCAUGGAGGGAGAAUCAACUUUUUGGACUUUGACACAAACCCUCUGAGAAGACACACUUUUUGGACUGUUGUCAUUGGAGGAACAUUUCUUUGGACCAGUAUAUAUGGGACCAACCAGUCCCAGGUUCAGCGAUACAUCUCCUGCAAGAGCAUCACUCAUGCUAGAUUUUCUUUGUACAUCAACCUGUUAGGCCUGUGGGCCAUAUUGCUAUGUUCAGUGUUUGCGGGCAUGUCUCUUUACUCCAUCUACAAAAGCUGUGACCCUUGGACAUCUGGACUGAUUUCUGCACAUGAUCAGCUCAUGCCUUAUUUGGUGAUGGACAUCUUGGGAGACUAUCCUGGCCUUCCUGGACUGUUUGUGGCAGCAGCGUUCAGUGGAUCUUUAAGCACAGUUUCUUCCAGCAUCAACGCACUGGCUGCAGUGACAGUGGAGGACCUAAUAAAACCAUAUGCUCGCAUGUCAGAGAACCAGCUGUCAUGGAUCUCAAAAGGAAUGAGCCUCCUGUAUGGGGUUUUAUGCAUUGGGAUGGCUGGGUUGGCCUCACUUAUUGGACCGAUCUUCCAGGCAGUCAUCAGUAUAUUUGGGAUCAUUGGUGGUCCUUUACUUGGACUGUUCACAUUGGGAGUUCUCUGUCCAUUUGCCACUGCAAAGGGAGCUUUGUCGGGUGUUGUGUUGGGGCUGGCUGUGUCUCUGUGGGUGGGCAUCGGAGCUCAGAUAUACCCUCCCCCUCCUGAAAUGAGUCGGCCUCUGUCACUGACCACUGAAGGCUGUAACUUUACCACGACGGACAGCUUCAGCUGGACCACCACUCAUCUACCGACACAUCCGAGUUUGCUUAAAUUUUACUCUUUUACUCCCAUCGGCAGGACUGUGCUGGCAGACUGGUACUCACUCUCCUACCUUUACUUCAGUCCAAUAGGAACCAUUAUAACUAUAUGUGUGGGACUGAUAGUCAGCGUGUUCACAGGAGGUUGGAAGCUGAAAGUAGAAUCCAGGUUCAGGUUGACGAAAGAAGACACGAGUCUUUACUACUUCUUUAAAUUCGUCAAAGACAGAGCCAUGAGAAGAAGAGGAGAGUUUGACCUGAAAAAGGACAGGGAGAACAAGUUUGGGAAUCCUAAUCCUGGUUUCUCUGAUGUUGAGCUGGAUUUGCCAAAAAGAAGCAAUUCCUCAUAAAAAUGCAG